UAUUUGACAAGUUGCGGCAUUUCUCGACGUGUCAAAAGUCGCUUUAUCCGAAUACGUGUAGUUAGUUUAAAUAAUUCCUCUUGUAUUAAUAAAAUAAAUCAAAAUGCAUACUGUAUUAACUCGGGGAAAUGCCACCGUUGCUUACUCACUAAGUGUUUUGGCCUGCUUAACAUUUUGUUGCUUUCUUUCAACUGUCUUCCUCGACAGCAGGACAACUGCACACGUAAACACUGUAAAAGUGCUAGUUAAAAAUGUGCCCGACUAUGGCGCUUCUCGUGAAAAACAUGAUUUGGGUUUUCUCACCUUCGAUCUGGAGACAAAUCUGACUAGUCUCUUUAACUGGAACGUAAAGCAAUUAUUCCUUUACCUGACCGCCGAAUAUAAAACUCAGGACAAUGUUCUAAAUCAGGUUGUACUGUGGGAUAAAAUAAUUUUGCGUGGUGAAAAUUCCGCGCUAGACUUUAAGAAUAUGAACACUAAAUAUUACUUUUGGGAUGAUGGCAAUGGUUUGAAGAACAAUAAAAAUGUUUCAUUAUACUUAUCAUGGAAUAUUAUCCCGAAUGCUGGUUUGUUACCUACUAUCAAAUCACUUGGCUCUCACACAUUUAAAUUUCCCGCUGAAUAUUCCAUAGCUGCAGUGUAGAAAUAUUUAGAAGCAAGCUGCUAACUUAAGUUUCAACAACUUGAAAAAACAUUUAUGUAUAUCAUAUAUUAUGUACUUUGUAAUUUGGAUCCUAAAUAAAUAUAAAAACUAGAAAUCUAUAAUAUAAAAAUAA